AUGGAGGAGGAAAUUAAAGCGUUGAGCAUCUUAUUAUCAUUAGGAGUUUUAUCUGGUUGUCUAGCCGUUUCCUCUCAUUUUAGGCUUAUAAAGCUGAGGAAUUAGAAAGAAUCUGUCAAGAAAUAAGGGCAGAUAUACGAUGCCUAAUACUUAAAUGAGAAUAAAGAUAAAUUCAAGCAACCUGAGUUCGUAAUGGUAAAUGGAUUAUUGGUGUAGGAGAAGACUCUUCACUAUCUGACUUAAGAUCCAAAGAAUCAUUUACUUAAGAAGUUAAACAAAAGCAAGACUCUAUAUUAUACAAUAGAGCAGGUCUCAAUGUAAAGAGAUAGAAACCGAUUAAUAAAAUUCAGAUCCCCAAAAGUACAAGAAUUUCAGCUUGUCUCAGACGAUGGUAAACACAGAGCAGCAGUAAAGCCUGGUGACUCUGCUGAUUGUAUCAAUCUGACUUAAAGCAGAUCAACUCAUACUUAAAUUAGAUUAAGAUCACCCAGAAUUGACUACUUUGAGCGUAUCCAGUAUAUGGCUUGUGAAGGAACAAAUCUUACUUUAAUGGGAACAGUUGCUUAUAAUGCUUCAAGAAAUGAGCUUUAACUUACAGAUGUUGCCUCAUUCGUUGCUGGUGGAAUGAAAGAUGCAGUUAGCUACUUGAAAAAAGAGAUAAACUAUUAUUAUAAUGUCAGAUUGUGGAGUGCUGUCGCCAGUGGAUUCUGUCUAACUAUCCUGGGUCUAUACGUUUUAUCGAAAAUAACUUAAAGUAGAAUGAAAGCUCAAACUGAGAUUAAGAAAGAGUAAGCUUAGAAGCUUAUCAAGAGUAAAACCCUGCAACUAUUUUCAGAUGACCAAGCAAGUAAAUCUGGUGUAGUGUGUUCUGUUUGCCUGACUAAUGCAUCUAACGUAAUUGCGGUCCCCUGCAACCAUUUAUCCACUUGCAAUGAAUGCUAUUACUAGCUUAGAGAUAGGUAUCUUUCAGGAUAGAGUACUGACUUCAAGUGCCCAUACUGCAGAGUACCAAUGGAUGGCGAUAAGUAUAUUAUAGUGAAUUGCAAAAACGUUGGAGGCUAAACAGAAUGA